CUUCCGGGUUAAUAUGGAGGAAAAUGGAGGACGAAGGUGUUAUACAGUAUGAAAGAUCGCUCGGGAAAGGAGCAUAUGGAUCUGUAUUUCUCAUAAGGAAUGAACUAAACGGUGAACGGUACGCACUUAAAAGGAUUGACUUUAACGGUAAUGAAGAAGAAUGUAUACAAGCAAGAAAGGAAGCAGAAAUUUUGUCCAAACUUAACCAUGGCAAUGUGCUGAAGUACAUAGAGUCAUUUGAAGAUGAGGAUACUCUCAACAUUGUUACAGAGUUCUGUGAGGGGGGAGACCUGGAGGAUUACUUACGAGAAAGGAAGGGGAGACAACUUGCAGAGCAACACAUCGCUCUGUGGAUUUACCAGGUCGUUUUAGGGCUGCAGUACAUCCAUGAGCAAAAUAUUUUGCACAGGGAUUUAAAGACCAAAAAUCUGUUCUUGACAGACAGUUUGAAUAUCAAAGUUGGAGAUCUGGGCAUUGCAAAGGUUUUAGAUGGUGAGAAAGCAAAGGCUAUGACAUUUGUGGGAACUCUGACCUACAUGAGUCCGGAACAGUUUCAGCAUAAGCCAUACAACCAUAAGGCUGAUGUUUGGAGUUUCGGAUGCUGUGCCUUUGAAAUGGUGGCAUUACGAAGAGCCUUCAAUAGUCCUGUUUUGUUUCAAAAUGUACAAAAUAUCCAGAAUGGAAAGUUACCAGAGUUUCCUGAUGGUUACACUGCAUCACUGAAGGACCUGGUGUUCUCCAUGAUGAGGACAGAGCCCAAACAACGCCCAAGUGCCACCAAGUUGUUACAGCACAGUCUUCUGCAGGAAGCUUCAAAUUGGAAAAUACAAGAUGUGUUAGUCUUGUCUGAAAUGGAGACCAAAGGAAAACCAAACAAAUCAGCUCGAUUACGGCGGAGGAGGGAUGUUGCUGAAGGAAAAUUUGCCAAAACCGACCUUCGAAGGUCAAUGUCUUGGAAAGGCAUACGAAUGGAAAUUGACAAACACGAACAGGAAGUACUCAGCCAUGUAAUCAAUAAACUAACUCAGGUCACUCUCAGCAGGAAAGGUGAAGAAAGGACUCAGGAUUAUGGUGAAACCAUGCGAAGCAAUGGUAGCGGGUUUUAUGACGACACAAUGAGAGUUAAUGAAUGUGAAGAAAACGAUGAAACCAUGAGGGUUAAUCGGACGUACACCGGUUCAGGUGAUGAAAUUGACACAAUGAGAGUCAACCGGACAUAUAAAGGUAAUAGCGAUGACACAAUGAGAGUCAACCAGACAUAUAGAAGUAAUAACGAUGACACAAUGCGAGUCAACCAGACAAUUAGAAGUACUAAUGAUGACACAAUGAGAGUAAAUAAUACUUACACAGGUACGGGUGAUUACGAUGACACAAUGAGAGUAAAUAAUACGUACACAGGUACAGGAGAUUAUGGUGAAACUCUAGGAGUCGACGAAAGCAACGAUUAUGGCGAUACAUUUGUUACAGCACGCUCAGAAAGUGACACACUAAGGACGUUCUUAAGUAAUGAUUCUGAAGAAUACUAUGAUGCCUCGGAAAGUUUAUCAUCAAUGGUAGCGACAGAGCUGGAAACUCUUUUACACACAAGUCCUGAUUCAUUAUCAUCUCUGAAAAUAAACAUGGUGUCAAAAGAUUUAAUAGAAGAACAGGGACCUGGUGGCAAUACACUGCAAGGCGUUGAAAGCUCAGUGUUAGCAAGUCUGGAAGGUACUGUAGAUAUUUCCAGAAACCCAAUAGCAGCGGCCAGAACUAUGGUGGAGGGACUGAAGAAAAACCUUACCCCUUUUGAUGGUUUUGGUGAAACAGAAGCAGCACCCGUGCAGACAGACUCAUCCAGUCCUGAUGGAGGUAAGAAGAAGAAAAAGAGAGUUAAUUUUCUUGCCAGGAAAGCAGAAAGGAAGAAAAGUGAAACAACCUCCCCUGUUGGUAGUUUGACUUUUGCUGACUCAGAGAAAUAUACAGCCCCUGUUGACCUUGUGACCUUGUACACACAUGCUCAGAAAGCCACCUACAGGAAUGUCAAAGAGGGAGAUGACGUCCCAGCGGCUAAUAUGGUUCCCAAAGAGAAGAUGGAGGAAGAGGAGGAGGAGGAGCCAGUGAGAAUGAGACCAAAACAUGCACGUUCAGCUCGUGGUACAGGUUACAUUCCAUUUGACAGAAGAAAGACAACAGAUUCUAUCAGAGGCAUUCUGGCCAUAAUGAGUGUGCCUGAAAACAAGGGCAUCUGUGAUGACCAAGCAGCACUUCUACGAAGGGAAAUCACAAAUGACCUUGGGAAGGAAAUGCUGGAGAAAUGUAUUGAUCUCAUGACAAGUAUUCAGGAUGAUAACAUUCUACAGGUGGUGCUGCAAGAUUUGAUUGGCCCCAGAAAAUACGAGGAAUACAAAAUGCACCUGUUCUUUCUGAGGAUGUUCGAAUUAAAUUCAUUAGCUUCAUAUUGAUACUGCCUAGAAAUGUGGUGUUAUAUCUUUUCAGUAUUUCGAAAACACUGAAGUUUUGAAGUAAAAUGCUGUACAUUAAAACGCUGUACAUUAAAAUGAUAUACAUAAGCAUAUAUACACUGUGAAAAAAUACUCUAUUCUUUGUUUAGAUGGUGAAAAUAGAAAAAUAAUAUGCACUAAACAUAUGUUUGGUACAAGGUUUAAUGCAGCACAAAGGUAUUUUAAGCAUGAAACAGUUUAACUGGAUCCGUUUAAUCUAAGUUGACUACAUUCCAUAACUCUGAAUGUUUUGACUAAUAUAGAUGGAUAGAUUGGAUAGAUGGAAAGGAUAAACACCUAAACACUUCACAAACGUUAAAAUUCGGACAUGAGAUGCAGCAUUAUACUGAAGUAAAACGUGUGAAGUUUUAAGAUUAUGUAUACUUUCUUGAUUACAUGUAAAUGAAAUAUUUUUCAUUUUUAGAAAAGGGACGGGUACUUUGAACUUAUCCCAACCUAGUACAUGUAAAUAGUGAAUGUUUGAAAGCAGUGAUCAAUUCUUUGUUCGCUGUGGAAUCCAGGUUGUGAUAUGUUCCCAAUCUUAUAAUAAAUUUUGAUGUUACACAUGUGUCAGGCACACAUUCUUAAUAGUGAUUUACUCCAGGGUGCCUAUUCGUUGAUGCCAUUUCUGUCAGAAUGUUACUCCAGGUGCCUAUUUGUUGAUGCUAUUUCUAUCAGAAUGUUACUCCAGGGGCCUAUUUGUUGAUGCUAUUUCUAUCAGAAUGUUACUCCAGGGGCCUAUUUGUUGAUGCAAUUUCUAUCAGAAUGUUACUCCAGGGUGCAUAUUUGUUGAUGCCAUUUCCGUCAAAAUGUUACUCCAGGGUGAUUACUAGUACUUGUUGAUGCAUUUUCUGCCGUUAUUUUACUCGAGAGUGCCUGUUUGUCGAUGUCUCCAAGUAUUCCAUGGCAAUGGGUUUUUUUUGUAUUGUAACUUUGUUUCUUUUUUUUCUGUCAUUAAGCAUGAUUUAAACUAUUCUACAAAUUUCUUAAAUGUUACAGCGAGUGGUUUAUUUUGAUACAGAAGUAUUCAUUCCACAGAACAUGGAAGCCAAAAGUGAUGUAUCACGAAAAUGUCUCAAAAUAAGUUCAUUCUAAAUCAACAUGUGAUAAGCUUGUAACAAUGGUUUAAAAUAGUAUUAUAACAUAAAAUGUUGAAGUUCAUCAUAAAUCAGAUUAUCAAACCAUUUAUAUUGCUUGUUAAGUAAAGUAUAUAUUUUUUUACUUAUUCAGGUUUUCGCAUUAAUCUUCAACAUGUAGUUGCAGUCAUUUUUCCCCCCAAUUUCUUUUUUUCCCCAUUUUAACUCAUUAACAUCUCCAGGAUCCAUAAAUACAUAUUUUGCAGUUAAAUUGUAAGGAUAAUAAAUUGCUAAUUCAAACUGAUUAAAAUAAGUAUUAUUACACAAUGUUUUAAGACGUUUGUUAAUUAGAAGCACGCAAGUGAUGUACAGUUAAUUUUGUCAUAAAUAUUUAAGAAUAUGAAUAGGUAAUAUUUAAUCCAAUCAAUUGCUAAGGCGAGAAAAUAUGUGAUUCGGGUAACAUUACUGAAAAAAUAAGGAAGUCGGUGGGCAAAUGAUUUAGUUCCAUUUUUAUUAUAUUUUUAUGGAUAAAUAGCAUACUUAUUACCAAAUUUUUCAAUGUGUUCAAUAAACUACAAUGCCUAUUAAUUUGUCAAUGAUAGAAUCUGACUCCCAGAACAGGAAAUUUGUACGAUUUAAUGAGUGGUUGUGAGCAUUACCUCGCUAAUAAAUUAAUUCUAGAUACAAGAACGUGAUCAAAUUUCUAGGGUCGCCAGGAACAUCCAGGGUAGGCCAGACUACCUGAAAUAAAUAUGAAUAUAUACAUUUAAUUAUGGCCUUAUAAAUUUAUUUAUGACUUUUUCCUGCUGUCAUUGUGUAUGCAUCCUGUAUAUCUAUGGCUAAUCAGAUUCAGAUAACUAGUCUAGUCGGAUUCGAGGAUUAGCAUGGCGUAUCAUUGAACAUUCAAUCCAUUUAAUUAUAUUUGAAAUGAGAUAUCACGAUAUGUACCACAGGAUUGCUGCUCUUAUUUAAUGAUGUGGCUAAUAGGCCUUUCUUAAAAUCCUUACAAUGUUUUUACUAAGAGUUAUGAUUUUGACGUCAAAGCAAGUUAUGUACUUGUUUUUCUUUUUUUGUUAGUAUUUGAAUUUGUUAUUUAGAAAAAGGAAAUAAACAGACACCAACCCAAACUUAAUAGUGAAACCACAACUGACACCGGUUAGACUUAAUGAGAGGCUCCUUAGGGAUACAUGUUUCACAUUUCAUGGUGUCUCCCCUCAAAUAUAGGAAAGUAUUGUAGUUCACUGUGGAAAUUGUGAAUAACUAUUUGAUCUUAAUAAAAACAAAAAUUUCAGAUAAAAAAGGCCAGGGUUAAUUUCUAAAUGUAAACUUAAUUCGUUCUGGUGAAAAACCUUGUCAGCAGUUUGGUUUAAAUAAUUUUCACCUAUUAAAAUGGCUUAUAUUUACUGGUUUAUAUUAACAGGGUAUGACACUUAGAUAAAGAACGACGAUGGUGCUGACUUCCGUGUUGCUAUAAAACUUGUGCCAUUGACAAGUGGUUUUCUUAAUACUAGGUAACUGGUACAAGUACUUAAUAAAUAACCUAAUGUCUACAAUAUAACAGACAUAACAUGCUCAAGUAUACCUAAUAAUUAAAUGAUAGUCAGGUUGUUGUCUCAAGCAUUCCGAAAUAUUGAAUAUUAAAGUUUGUUAUGAAUAAAUAAAUGUAUUAUUGUAUUUCAUGUUUAAAUGAGUAAAAGUGUAUAGCGUCUGAAUGAUUGAUGAAUAUAAGGUAUAAUGAGUUUCUAGAUGUAAUUGGUUUUCCAAGGGCCAGUGUAUAUUUACUUUUUUUUUUUUUUUUAGGUCACCUGAGACAAAGUCUCAAGUGACCUAUUGCGAUCGCCUUUUGU